AUUGCUGCGGCGGCGGCCGCUGUGGGGGGGGCGGGGGGAGACGCCGCGUGCGCGUGUGAGUGCGCUGAGGGGGCGCUUCCCCCCGUGCGGGGCGGGGGCGCGCAGAUGGCGACGCAGGUGGAGGCGCUGCUGCCCGGCGCCCCGCUGCUGCCCGCCGAGGAGCGCGCCCUGGUGCUGAAGCCGCCGCAGGACGGCGGCCGGGAGAAGGGCGAACCGCCCAUGGGCCCCGACGGCGGCCCCGCGGCUCCGCGGCCGCCCAGCGCCAAGCAGCAGAAAGAGGAGAGCAACAACCAGGAGAAGGAGAGCCUGCUGCGGGCGGGCGGCGAGGCGGAGGAGGGCGGCGAGGCGGGCGGCGGCGGAGCGGGGAGAAGGGAGUUCAUCGAGGCUCCGCCGCCCAAGGUGAACCCCUGGACGAAGAACGCGGCCGCGCUGGCGGUCAACGGGCAGUCGCCUCCAGAUAUAUUUCCAGCUGAUGGCCAGUCUGAAAACACAACUCCUGCUAAAGUGGUGAGGGCUGCCAACCCAAGACAGCGGAAAGGAAGCAAGGUUGGUGACUUCGGUGAUGCUACAAAUUGGCCAACACCUGGAGAAAUAGCCCACAAGAGUGUCCAGCAGCCACACAAAGCACCAUCCCUCCGGAAACUGCCUAUCAAGAAAGACAUGAAAGAACAGGAGAAAGGGGAUGGAAGUGAUGGCAAAGAGAGCCUGAAAACCAAAUCGGAUGAGUCUGGGGAGGAGAAAAACGGUGAUGAUGACAACCAGAAGUCAGCCCAGAAGAAGAAAGGCAACAAACACAAGUGGGUCCCUUUGCAAAUAGACAUGAAGUCAGAGGUGCCUCGGGACAAAACAGCCUCUCGGAACAACCGGCAAAAUGAGCAGCACAGGCACCUCUCCAACAACCGUGGCGAGCUAAAAGGCUGGCACCCGGACAACAAGCAUGAGCGCCCCUGGCAGGACCAUGAUGAGACCUCCAGUGUGAAGAGUGAGGGGGGAGCUGUACGAGGAGCUUUCCGGGGCCGAGGCAGGGGCCGUGGCAGGGGCCGAGGCCGUGGCAGAGGAGGGCACUUUGAUUACCAGUAUGGAUACCGGAAAUUUGAGGGCUCAGAUGGCUCCCGUACCCAGAAGUAUGCUAGCAACAUCACUUACUACUUUGACAACAUUAGCAGCACCGAGCUCUAUAGCGUGGACCAGGAACUGCUCAAGGACUACAUCAAACGGCAGAUAGAAUAUUACUUCAGUGUGGACAACCUGGAGCGAGAUUUCUUCCUGCGUCGCAAGAUGGACUCAGACGGCUUCCUUCCCAUCACCCUGAUCGCCAGUUUCCACCGGGUGCAGGCACUGACUACUGACAUCAGUCUCAUCAUCAAGGCUUUAAAGGACAGCAAGGUGGUGGAAAUUGUGGACCAGAAGAUCAGAAGAAAAGAGCAGCCGGAAAAAUGGGCUCUGCCUGGCCCUCCUAUGGCAGACUACACGCAGACUGACUUCUCACAGUUCAUCAACUGCCCCGAGUUUGUGCCCCGGCAAAGCUUCCAGAAGGAGACAGAGUCUGCUCCUGGCUCCCCACGUCCCACCAGCCCAGUCCCCACAAAAACAGAGGAAGUCAGUAACCUGAAGACAAUGCCCAAGGGAUUGUCCACAAGCCUGCCCGACCUAGAUUCAGAGACAUGGAUUGAAGUGAAGAAGAGGCCUCGGCCCUCUCCAGCCAGGCCCAAGAAACCAGAGGAGUCAAAGACCCCACAGCAGCAGAAACAAAAGGACCAAGAUGAACCCGAGGAGUUGGACUUCCUCUUCGAUGAGGAGAUGGAACAGAUGGAUGGCCGCAAGAACACGUUCACCGACUGGUCAGACGAGGAUUCAGAUUACGAAAUUGAUGAUCGGGAUGUGAACAAGAUCCUCAUCGUGACUCAGACACCUCCAUACCUGCGCCGGCAUCCUGGCGGAGACCGGACUGGCAACCACACAUCCAGGGCUAAAAUGAGUUCAGAAUUGGCCAAGGUGAUCAAUGAUGGGCUGUACUACUAUGAGCAAGACCUGUGGACAGAGCAGUUUGAGCCAGAGUACUCGCAGAUCAAGCAAGAGGUGGAGAACUUCAAGAAAGUGAAUAUGAUCAGCAGGGAGCAGUUUGAUACUCUGACCCCAGAGCCCCCCGUGGAUCCAAACCAGGAGGUCCCUCCUGGCCCCCCCAGGUUCCAGCAAGUACCUACAGAUGCUUUGGCUAACAAGUUGUUUGGAGUACCUGAACCUUCAACCAUCGCCCGAUCUUUGCCUACAACUGUACCAGAAUCACCCAACUACCGUAAUGCCAGGACCCCCCGGACCCCUCGCACACCUCAGCUGAAGGACCCUACACAGACACCCCGUUUCUACCCAGUGGUGAAGGAGGGCAGGACGAUAGAUGCCAAGACCCCACGGAAGAGGAAGACAAGGCACAGUUCAAAUCCCCCAAUGGAGUGCCACGUGGGCUGGGUGAUGGACUCCCGGGAGCACAGACCCCGAACAGCCUCCAUCAGCUCCAGUCCCUCUGAGGGAACUCCGGCUGUUGGAAGCUAUGGCUGCACCCCGCAGUCCCUGCCCAAGUUUCAGCAUCCUUCCCAUGAGCUGCUCAAGGAGAACGGCUUCACGCAACACGUCUACCACAAGUACCGUCGGCGCUGCCUUAAUGAGCGAAAGCGGCUGGGCAUUGGUCAAUCCCAGGAGAUGAACACGCUCUUCCGAUUCUGGUCCUUCUUCCUACGAGAUCACUUCAAUAAGAAAAUGUAUGAGGAGUUUAAGCAACUGGCUGUGGAGGAUGGGAAAGAGGGAUACAGGUACGGUCUGGAGUGCCUUUUCCGAUACUACAGCUAUGGGCUGGAGAAGAAAUUCCGGCCAGACAUAUUUAAAGACUUUCAAGAAGAGACCAUCAAGGAUUAUGAAGCUGGCCAGCUCUAUGGGCUGGAAAAGUUCUGGGCCUUCUUAAAAUAUUCCAAAGCCAAAAAUCUGGACAUCAACAGCAAACUGCAAGAAUACCUCAGCAAGUUCAAGCGCCUCGAGGACUUCCGAGUGGACCCACCCAUGGGAGAGGAAGGUGGACACAAGAGAUACCCAACGACGUCAGGGGGAGAUGGCAGGAAGCGCUACCCAUCCCAGUCUUCCAGCAAAACGGUCGGCCAGUGCCCAUCCAGCCAAGCCCACGCCUCGCCCAGUCAGCCUGCACAAGAGGAUGCCAAAAACCUGAGCCAGCAAGUCCCUGCUGCAGAGUCGCAGACAGUGGGGAAGUAGAGAGGAUGCAACUUCUGCUUCCCACCAGGAGACAGGAUGGGUUGGUGGGGGACUGGCUCAGAGAAGAGGAUGAGGGGUGGGAUGGGAAGGGAGUUGGAAUGUGGGUGCCCAGGAAUAGCCUGCUGGGAGAAACUUCAACGCACAUGAUUUUUUUUUUUUCUCUUGUGGCUGGAAAGCAAAGACAAUUCGCAUCUAAAACACCGUUUUGCUAUUACAAACCUGACAGAGCCAGACCCACCCCCACCAGACCCACCCUUUGCUUUUCAUUCUCA